UAGAAUUAAUGGGGUAGCCAAAGGCCAAAGACCACAGGCUUCGUCGCGUCGUCAGAGAUUAGGGAGAAGGGCGGGAAGGCGACUUCUAAUGAAGCUCAUCUAAUCUGCCUGAGAGAUACGAAGCAGCGAUGCAAAUGGCGACGGAUCUGAGCAUCUCCAGUAGAUUUGGUUUUUCUUUACUUCGACAUUUCUCCCAUGGGAGUAGGAGACAUAGGUUUGCGGCGAAGACAAAGGCAGAGCUCCAAUCCACCGUUGAGGUUUCCGGCCAUUCUGCGGCACCGGCUCGUACCGCCGCUGUUCAGGUUCACAGAGUCACCGUCAACGACCGGCAGCGGGGGGUUGUACACCAGUUCCUCGUCCCCGAGGACCAAUACAUUCUGCACACGGCCGAGUCACAGGAAAUUUCCCUUCCAUUUGCUUGCAGACAUGGUUGUUGUACUAGCUGUGCUGUUAGAGUGAAAUCGGGAAAGAUUAGACAACCAGAGGCACUUGGGAUUUCUGCAGAACUGAAAUCUAAGGGGUAUGCUUUGCUUUGUGUUGGCUUUCCUUCUUCUGAUAUUGAAGUUGAAACUCAGGAUGAGGAUGAGGUUUACUGGCUCCAGUUUGGUCGGUACUUUGCGAGAGGACCUAUUGAAAGGGAUGACUAUGCACUGGAGCUGGCAAUGGGAGAUGAGUAACGACGAACUAAGCUAUAAACAGCAGGCAAUAGAGAAAAGAUAGAGAGAAUACUUGUUUGUGCUUAUUGUAUAAAAGAGUGUAUAUGAAGAUUAAGGAGAAGGUGCCGUUGUAGCCGGAUGAUGUUUGCAGCAGCUGCAGCGAGGGCUCUGUAUUCAGCAUCAAUGGAAUGAGCCACAAUUGAAUUCUUCCUUAUAGCCCAUGAAAUGAGAGUUCAGCCCUGAAAGGAGCAGUGACCUGUUGUAGAUCGACGAGUUGAGGGGCCACUUGUCCAGUCAAAAUCAGAGUAUGAGCUUAGUUGAAGCGGGCCAUUGGUUAUGGGUAGUCUGUAUAUUACUGAGCCUUUAAGGUAACAAAGUUGGUGUUUGAGAAGCAGAGAGUGUUCUGGUA